AGUCAACCUGUUGAACUCGUUACCGCUCCUCCUUCUAUUUUCUUUUCUUCUUCUUCCCUUCCCAUGAAAUCAACCUAAACGACGACUGCGUUUUCAGCACCCAAAAGCUCUGUACCUUCUUUCUCAACAAUGGUUCUUCUACAGCUAGAUCCAUUUCUCAAUGAGCUCACCAGCAUGUUUGAACGCAGCACUGAGAAGGGCUCUGUUUGGGUUACUCUUAAAAGAUCAUCUUUGAAAUCUAAAGUGCAAAGGAAUAAAAUGGUGACUGCUGGUGAAGCAAUUGAGUAUAGAUGCCUUAUACGUGCCACUGAUGGCAAAAAGACAAUUUCUACUUCAGUUGGACCAAAGGAUCACCAGCGCUUUCAAGCUUCUUAUGCAACUAUAUUAAAGGCACACAUGACUGCACUAAAGAAGAGAGAAAGGAAGGACAAGAAGAAGCCUGCAGAGGCCGAUAAAAGAGAAGGGAGUUCAAAGAGACCAAAGAAGUCUUGAAGUAAUCUGGUUUUGCUACCUGAUCUUCUGCACAAAUUUCAUUUUCUGUUGACUCUUUUUGUCUGAAGAAUGCUAGACCCCUCAUUUUUUUUGUUUUCAUUAGCAAAGUGAGAAGGGAGAGGAAAGGUGAAAAAAGAAGACAAAAACGAUAAUUAAAGAAUUCUUGCAUUUUAAAGCAAGAUUAAGGCGUGCAAUUUGUCACUUUCAUGCCUUUCUUUAGAUGAAUGUUCAUUCAAGUGGCAAUC